CGCAAACUGAAUGGGGUCCAUGGGGCUGAGGCUCAUAAUGGAGAUGACCGCUCAUGCCCGCAGCCCAUCCCAGCUCUCGAUCUGGGGUUGUUUAUCGCCUUUAAAAUGAACCGGAGUCCACCUUCCUUCUGCCGGUGUGAGGCGAAGUUGGCACGCGAGAACAAUGACUCGACCAAGAUACCGCCGGAGGUCGCGUGGAUUUGGAUCACCAUCGGUGAUCCUCGAGUCGAGAGACAACAAGGAAGCUCCCGAAGACGAGGGGCCCGAGGAUGGGGGUGAUUUUGACGAUUUAGAUCCCGGCAAGGGGAAGGGCAAAGGGAAGAAGGACGACUCUACCACAACCCCCCGUCUUCCUCCGCCUGGUUUAUCGACCACCGAAACGCUCACGCCAACUUCAUCUUCGUCUGAACCACUGAGUCCGUCCGAAACAUCAGCUCUCUCAACCACUACCAGCAUCAUCUCUUUGGACGAGCCCCAGGCCACGCCGCUGCCGCCAUCAUCAUCGACAACGAUCUCUUUCAGGUCGUUGGUAACUGUCACAAAAACGGCAAUCCCCUCAUCAAAGACAGAAACAGAAGUCUCACAUUCCACUGCUGCCGCGUCAAGUGUGCCUAUUCUAGCACAAAGUGACAGCAACAGCCUAUCUGGCGGGCAGAUUGCGGGAAUCGUGGUCGGUCUGAUCGCAUGUCUCCUCCUCGCGGCUGGCUCCGCCUUUCUACUUUAUCGCAGACGUAGGCGUCAUCAAGAUGCCCGUCAACGCUCCGCAUCCAGAUCCUCCGUCGCCCGGCUGACAACCACUGCACCUCCUGAGCCGCGGGACCCGAGCAGCAACCUGAACCAGGUAUCAAGGGACGUGGACGAAUCCGUCCCAGAGCGCGAAUCUCAGAUCUUCAGCAGCGCGGUCGGCCUCGGCAUCCUCCAGCAGCCCAAGCCAACAGCCGCCCGCCUGUCCCGGUGGUUCACCGAGCUGAGGCAGUCCUUCCCGUCCCCCCGCUCGCCCCUCCGCCGACCCUCGGUGGUAGUCCAAACCCCUUACUACGCAGGCGGCAAGGAUAUCGAUGAUGACGACGACGACUUCUCCGACACAUCCUCCAUCCUAUCCCCCGUGACCUUUGCCACGCGCCACACAAACAGCACCUACCUCCCUCCGACCGCACUCACACAUCCCAGUAUGCCCAAGCUACUAGCUCAGCAACAACAGCAACAGCCUAGCGGGCUGAGGAUGCAGCCCCAACCGGCUAGCAGUUCAAGUACUACUACCACCACCACCACUACUAGCAAUACUAGUACUACUAGUCCUAGUGACGAGAACGAGGCGAGUGGGAAGCAAAAGCACAUCCAGGUCCUUCUCUCUCCGUUGGGACCGACCUUCCCCCCGGCAGCAAGGCUCCCUGAUUCGGGGGGUGGACACCCUCCGUAGUAUGAGAUGGGAAUAGGGGAAUGUAGCAGGCACUAGUAUGGAUUAUAUGUAUAUAUCGACUAAACCAGAAGUACCUACCUUAUCUAACUAUCACUAUUAGCGAACGGGCGUUACUCGUUCCAGGGGA